AAUAAAUUAUUUUAUUUUAAACUCUAUGUGCGUCAAGUUAAGUUCCACUUUUAUUUGAAAAUUAAGCGACAAUUCUAGAAAAAAUCUGAUGUUUUUAAUAUUGACCGGUAAAGUUGUUAACAAUUUAUUUACAAUUAAAGCCGAACGAUUUUUACUACAUUUUACCAGAUAUUACUCAUCAAAAAUGUCGAAAUCGGCUCUAGUCAUUUUGGCACAAGGUGCAGAAGAAAUGGAGACGGUCAUUACAGUGGAUAUGUUGCGUAGAGGAGGUGUGGCUGUGACAUUGGCUGGAUUGGAUGGCAACUCUCCCGUGCUCUGCUCGAGACAAGUCACCUUAGUCCCCGAUAAGUCACUCUCUGAUGCCUUAGCUGAUACACCACAGUAUGAUGCAGUUAUAUUGCCCGGAGGUCUGGAAGGAUCUGACCGUUUAUCCAAAUCAACAGUUGUUGGAUCUCUGCUGAAAGAGCAUGAAAAGUCGGGAAAAAUUGUGGCUGCUAUCUGUGCCGCUCCUACUGCGUUCGUCGCGCACGGCGUCGGUAAGGGUAAGAAAAUAACGUCUUAUCCGACAACUAAGGACCAAAUAACGGGAGAUUAUCAGUACAUUGAGGGGGAGAGAGUCGUCGUUGAUGGCAACAUUGUGACAAGCAGGGGCCCCGGUACAGCAUAUUGGUUUGGUUUGAAGUUGAUAGAGAUGCUGUCGGGCAAAUCUUCAGCUGACCAGGUCGAAAAGGGCAUGAUUAUAUCCGGAUACUAAAUAUUAAUCUCGUUGUUAUCAAUAAGUAAAGCAUAAUGUUAUGUGGAAUUAAAUUUCAUAUUAAGA